AUGUUCGCAUCCUCUCUUCGUUCGCGUACUGCUUUUGUGACCACUAAGGGCGCUUCCAGCAUCCGCUACGCGUCAACCAAAACCUUGAAGGAGACUCUCCAAGAGGUCAUUCCCGCCAAACAGGCCCAGAUAAAGGAGCUUCGAACUACCCAUGCAGGUGUUAAGGUCGGAGACGUCAAAAUAGAAAAUGUCAUUGGAGGUAUGCGGGGCCUCAAAGCUAUGCUCUGGGAGGGAUCGGUCCUUGACCCGAAUGAGGGGAUCCGGUUUCACGGUCUCUCCAUUCCCGAUUGCCAAAAGGUGCUGCCCCCUGCACAUGGGGGGAAGGAGAUUAUCUCGGAGAGUAUGCUAUGGUUGCUCUUGACCGGUCAAGUUCCAUCACAUGAACAAGUUCGCGAUUUCUCUCGUUCUCUGGCUGAACGUGGCGAGCUCCCCAAUCACGUUACUAAGCUCGUGGAUGCAUUCCCGAAGACUCUGCAUCCGAUGACGCAACUUGCUAUGGGUGUUGCGGCAUUGAACCAUGACUCGUCAUUUGCUGCUGCAUAUGAGAGGGGUAUCAAGAAAGCGGACUACUGGGAACCAGUUUUGGAGGACUCAUUAGAUCUUGUCGCAAAGCUCCCCGCACUUGCUGCUAGGAUUUAUCGGAAUACUUAUAAGCCCGAGGCUCAGCUACCACCAGUUGAUAAGAACCUCGAUCUUGUUGGAAACUAUGUCAACAUGCUUGGAUAUGGUGACAAUAAGAGCUUGACCGAAUACUUACGCCUUUAUAUUGCUUUGCACGGAGAUCACGAGGGUGGAAACGUAUCCGCGCAUACAUCCCAUCUCGUCGGUUCCGCUUUGAGCGACCCCUACCUUUCGUACUCUGCCGCACUCCUCGGCCUUGCUGGACCUCUUCAUGGAUUGGCCAACCAAGAAGUUCUCCGAUGGAUGCUAGAAAUGCAGAAGGCAGUUGGUGAGGAUCCAAGCCACGACCAGAUCAAAGAAUAUUUGUGGAAGACACUGAAGAGUGGACAGGUGGUCCCUGGCUACGGUCAUGGUGUACUCAGGAAGCCGGAUCCACGCUUUAUUGCCUUGCAACAAUUCUCUGCAACUAGGGCAGAACUCAAGGAUAGUCCCAUUAUCAAGCUUGUGAACAAAACCAGCGAAGUUGCACCUGGAGUCCUGACCGAACAUGGCAAGGCCAAGAGCGUUCACCCCAACGUUGAUGCCGUGUCCGGGUGCCUGUUGUACCACUAUGGGCUCACACAAUUCAAGUACUACACUGUUAUCUUCGGUGUUUCUCGCGUCCUUGGAUGCGUAUCUCAACUUGUAUGGGAUCGUGCUCUUGGACUGCCUAUUGAGAGGCCAAAGUCUGUUUCUAUGGCCGACCUUCAAAAGAUUGUCGGUAGCGCAUAG